AAGAUGGCGGACGAUCUAGACGAGCUGUUGGACGAGGUGGAGAACAAGUUCUGCCGCCUAGCCAAGCCGGAUUGCUCUGAUGCAGUCCGAACUUCGGGAGAGACAAAAAACCGCCCGAGAGAGGAGAAAGAGGCGGCUAAAGCAGCCUCGUCCGGAGAGAGGGCCAGAGUUUCCAAAAUAUCAACAAAACAUAGCAAUGAAGAAGAGGACUUGGAUGAAAUAAUUAAAGAUAUAAUCAAUGAGAAGAACUUUGCCAAAAAUCCUGUGAAAUGUAUAUCUAAAUGUUCCACCCUCCCAGCUGAAACUAAUAUUACCUCCAUUCAUGCUCAAGGUAAGAGAUGUUGCCCAGCAUACCUUGGAGGAAGCACUGCACCAUAUGGUAUCGGAACCAAUAUUUCACAGAAAACUUGUGAUCGACUACGUUGUACUGCAUGUGACUUCCGUGUUUUACACUAUGAUGACUACCAGUGGGAUAAAUCAUGUGAUUAUCUCUUUUUCAGGAAUAACAUGCCUGAAUUCAGCAAGCUGAGAACAAAGAUGGUAAAGAAGAAAGGAACACGGUCCUAUGCUUGCCAGUGCAGUUGGAGAUCUAUAGAUGAACUAACGGACGUGAGUGCGGACCGAGAGCUCCGCUGGGUUUGUAGCAAACAUGCCGAGUGACCUCAUCCUGCCCGGUCAAACAGCCAUUUCUGUACGAAGACCGGCUUCAGCAUUCAUGGGUGAUAAAACAGGCCCGUGUUCUGCGCACAGAAUGAAUCUUGUUAUUCCAAGUAUAACCUGAGUACUUUGCCUGGUCUGCGGUUCCCUUGUGAGCUAAGCAAACUGGAUGGGAUGGUCAUCCAGAAUCACAGCAGCCUGCACCCUAGAGAACUGGACUAUUUACAGGGUUGUUAGGAAUCCUUAGGCUCCUCAGCUCCCUCCACUGUUAUCAGUACGAGGGGGAAUGAAGGUCUGUGGCCUAGAAAGCGUUUCAGAAAUGAAGGAUGCACGAAGUGAAACUGGACCAAACUAUUCCUUUACCUAGAACACUCUUUUCUUCCCCCACAGUGAUCUACUACUGUGUG